CCCGUUCACCACAGCAGUUCAGAGGGUUUGAAGGGGAGUGUAGGGGUUGUGUGAAGAGCUCAGUACACCCCUUCAGAGCCCACCAGCAACUUAGGAGUAUCUUCAAACAUUUCUCCUAGAACAGGACUCAAAUAAUCAAGAAAAAUGGCCAGACUUACACUUUCGGUUAUAUUCUGUGGAAUGGCUCUUGCAACUGUUUUUAUGCCAGACUUUCUGAGUGCUGGUCCUGUAGGACGCACUGAAGAAGAGGAUGAGGGCGCUGUUGAGGUGAAAUCCGACAGCAAGUCAACACUGAAAAAGCUGGUCCGUAGCCGGAGGAAUGUUGCCUACUACAGGAGCCUACCUGAUUUCUGGGGCUGGUAUAAAUACUAUAUGCAGACCAACAACCAGGAGGGAAUUGAGGACAUGGAUCGCAUGUACCUUGUUUACCUGCAGAACAAGCACAGAGUAGAAGAAGGACGCUCCUUCAACCACUACCUCACUCACCUGAGCGAAAUUUACAAAGCCUGUGCCAACUCCGAUGACCCAGACUGCAUUGCAGAACACACCAGCAAACCCAAAGCCAAGAUGGUCAUGCCUGUUCCUGUGAGGCAAGCUACUGUGACAGUGUGCAACCCCUACCUCGACCCCUACUGCAUCUAUGCUAUUAGACCAAAAGCUCCAGAAGAAGAGCCGUCACCCGCCCCAGAAAAGGUCCCUGCUCCAAUUCUGUCCCAUCUAUACCCUCUGCCUUUGAAAACCCCACCAGCUUACUACUACGCUCCAGUCUUAGAGCCUUUCUUGACAGCUGAGAAGAGGGCAGAACUGUUGCGUAUCUGCAAUCCUUCGGACACAGAGUGUUUGCAGUACCACCUGCGCGCUGCUUACGGCUACAGGCCCUCACUCGGCCCUCUGCCCUCCUACGCUCAUCUUGGAUGUGAUCCUACCAAAGAUCCCUACUGCCAGCCCAAGCUGGUUGCCAGAUCACCUUCAGGUUUGUAUCACCUGUACCCUUCCUGCAACCCCGCCACUGACCCUCUUUGCGUCGCCAAUGUAGCCGCACCUUCAGCCCAAACCGGCGUGAACACAGAAGCUCCUAAAGAGCAGUUUUGCAACCCUUUGUUUGAAGAGGGCUGCAACCCCCUUACAGCUGCCAAGCUAGCCGCACUCAAUAAACCCGUCUUGGAAUAUGCUCCAAGAGAUGAGCCUGCACCUCUCAACCUGGCCUGCGACCCUCGCUACGACCCGUAUUGUUUGAUGGGUGGAGCUGCUGCUCUCAGGAAACCCCCUCCAGUUCUCCCGGAGUUCCAGACCCGUCACCGCCUGGGCGUCCGUGGGAAGACCAAGGAAGGUUAUGACUGCUACAUGUACUAUGAUAAGGACUGCACCCCGGUGGAGAACCAGGAAUUGAGGGCUGAUAAACCAGACUGCCACCCGUACGACCCCAACUGUGGUAAGUUUGCUCCUCAGCCGUCCACUGGAGCUGAAGCAGCCAAGACGGUCAAAGAUGGCAUCAUUGAGCCCCAUCCGGACUGUGACCCAGAAAUCGAUUACAACUGCCGUCUGCGCCGGGCAGAAUCCGCAAGUGAGGAACACAAAGAUCAGCCAGCCCAGCAAGAACAAGAUCACGGUAACCCUCUUCCUGAAAAUGUGGCCCCUGAGCAUCCAGUUCCACAAUUCGAAGACUUCCUAAGAGGAUAUAUGGGUGGCUACAAGAAAUGAGAAGAAAAAUGGGAUGCAAACUUGCAAUUUCAAUCAUGUUUAUACACAUGUAGCAGCAGUUUAGGCCUGUGCAAGAGAAGCAAUUCAGAAUCAUGUAGGAAUAGUUGUUUGCAUUGAUGUUUUAGUAAUUCUAGAGAUGCCUAAGGUCUUAAUUCUGUCUGAAAUAUCAUGUUGGGAAACAAAUCCAUAGAUUUGGGGGUUUUGUUAGUGGUAAUGUGAAGCAAUAUAUGUAUUUAUGUAUUAUAUAAUGUAGGCUUAGGGUACUUGAAUAAGACUUAAACUGAUACUGAUACAUAAAUCUGUACUGUACUUUUUCUCUAAAUUUGUUAUGUGAUUUCUUGAUAUAUAUUUAACGUAGU